AUGGCCAGUGCAUUGAUCACUAUUGGGGCUGUUGUUUUGUACUUGCGCUGGAAACGGAUACAUAGGCACUUCGGAAAUGUCCCUGGGACCGAAGAUGACUGGCCUUUCGUGCGGACCGUGUUGACCCAUAUUCACCUCAAAAGGAGAUCGAAAAAUGACUCUAUUGACUACAACGUCUUGUUCUUUGAGUAUAUCGUAGCAGGUUCAUGGAGAAUGAGGAGGCAUCCAUUCUUCAGGACGUACAUGGGGGACGCUCCUUACGUCAUCAUUCACAAGGCUGAAGCUGCAGAGGCUGUUCUGAACAACUCUACCAUGGUUAACAAAUCAGCAGAAUAUCGACUGCUGAAUCCAUGGCUUGGAACUGGCCUCUUGACGAGCUCAGGAAGCAAGUGGAGGGUCAGACGGAAGAUGCUGACGCCGGCGUUCCACUUUAGAAUCCUGGAAGACUUAUUGCCAGUAAUCAACGAGCACUCUGUGAUUUUCCAAGAUGUCCUCAGCGAAAUCGCUGAAAAGGAGGAAGUCAUUGACAUUGCGCCUCUUGUUGCACGCUGCACACUGGACGUCAUUUGUGAGACAGCCAUGGGAACAAAAAUAAACGCUCUUCGUUGCAGUGAUUCCAAGUACGUUUUAGCGGUCAAAAGGCUCGGCGAAUUGUUUCUGUCACGGGCUGCAAAGCCUUGGUUGUGGCCGGACAUCAUUUACAACCUCACCUUGGAGGCGGCGGAGUUCAAAGUGUGCCUCGACAUUCUCCACUCUUUCACCCGAAAGGUCAUAAAGGAAAGGAAGGCAACGUUAUUAAAACAACACGAAAUGAUGACGGAGCAUCAAGAGAAUGGUACGGUCGGCACUGGACACAAUCUAUCUGGACAAAGUCGGACUGCCUUCUUGGAUCUCCUGCUCUCCCAACACUUCAAAGACCCUUCUUUCACGGAGGAGGACAUCAGAGAAGAAGUCGACACAUUCACCUUCGAGGGACACGAUACAACGGCUGUAGGGAUUAGCUGGGCUCUUUACAUGAUUGGCUUGCAUCAUCACGUUCAAGAGCGGAUCCAGACUGAGCUUGAGAACAUCUUCGGGACAGACACAGAACGAAACGCAACGAUGAACGACAUCCGAAGCAUGAAAUACUUGGAAUGCGUGCUAAAGGAAUCUCAAAGACUGUUUCCGUCCGUGCCGUUGAUUGCACGCCUACUGCAACAAGACUGGAAAUAUGACAAGUACAUAAUGCCGAAGGGAACGGUUUGCUUGGUGUCCAUCUACUCCUUGCAUCGAGACCCGGACGCCUUCCCGAACCCGGAGGAAUUUAUUCCUGAAAGAUUUUUACCAGAGAACUGCACAGGCCGACACCCGUUUGCUUACGUUCCUUUCUCGGCUGGCCCAAGAAACUGCAUCGGUCAAAGGUUCGCGAUGAUGGAGAUGAAGACUUUGGUGUCCCGUAUUCUCCGCAAUUUUACUCUCCACUCUAUGGAUCAACGGGACAAAGUCCAACUGGCGGCGGAGCUGGUGCUUCGACCACGCGACGGGCUUCGCAUCAAGCUGAAGUGUCGAAAAAAGACAUGA